UUUUAGGGACUUCCUGCGAAACAUAAUAUAUACAGAGUCGAGCUAGAAGGGGCAGGAAUCGCAAUCUUGGAAGCUUUAGAUACCUCAAUUUCACUCUCCCCACUGAAAACUCAACAUGCCUCUGUCAACUAUACACUCGGCGCCAGCUUUGGACUCAUUCACACCUUUAGUAGAACACCAAACGCAAACACCAAGCACAUUUUACGAUGCCAGACCUAUAUUACAUUAUCAUGCUCAGGGUGCGCGCGCGGUUGCUUACGGAGAUUAUAUAAAAGAACUACCGUUUUUUGCAGACGGUCCGGCGCAAAGUACAGAAGCUGCGGCAGUGGAGUUUGUCGAUGCCUACAUAUCCACCGAGUAAUUGUUCACCUCUCACCAUUUCAUUGCGCAAAAGCUGACUUUGGUUGUUGUCUAGGAACGUCACCAUAUUCAACAAUGCAACUUCGGCUGGACUCGCAAUUCCUUAUACUUCCAUAUCUCUACACGCCAUUCAACGACUGCCUGAUCCUACUGAUGCUUCAAAAGGUGAGGUGACUGGGUUGUUCAUGCAACUGGAGACACCUCCUCCAGCCGGAGAAGAUAUACCAUCAAUCAUCGAGCUGGUUCUUAUUCCCGCUGAGCCGGAUUCUACAAAACCCGUAUUUGAGGCUUUGUCCAACUGUUCAAAUCUUGUACCAGACGAAGAGGAUGAAGAUAUGGAAGGAGGAGGCGCCGAGAUUCAAUUUGAGGGUAACAUUGGAUACGAAGGUAUCAGUGGACUACCUGGAGUACAACAAGGAGCUACAGAUGGUGGAUUACCACCUCCAUUUCCUGGUAGUGGUGGCUGGAUUACUGCGGAAAAUGUUUCGGAGUAUUUUGAUGCGGAGGGUAACUGGAUUGGGGGUGAAGAAUCCAACGAAGUCGAAGUACUUGGUGAUGGUGCUGGAAGAGUAAGGGGGCAUGAUGAGAUUGACGGCGAGACGGAGACAAAUGGUCACAACGAAGGAGAUGAGGCUAGUAAGCGCCCAAGGACCGAUUGAAAAAGCAAAAAGGCAACGCAUUCGAUUUGCGGAAGUCCAUAUCGGAAAUUGGAGCUGAAUGAUUGAGCCGACUCAUGUGUCAUGUCUCAAUCGAUAACAAGUCUCCUUGGCGGGAGAUUGGGGCCUCAUCAAGAGCUGCUCUGGAUCUUUAUUCUGGAGCACUAAUGCCUUCUAUGGUACGCGAAAAAGCUUUGCAAACAGAUACCCACUGGGCCAUUUGAAGGAACUCAAGUUAUCAAAAAUAUUAUAGCACGACGAGGCUAUAGUGAAUAUAAAGCAAUACAACAUACAUGCGUAUUUGUACCUCUCUACGUGGUAAUCAAAAAUAGUAUCCUGACAUCCCAAUAUUCUACAA